AUGCCGGUAAUCCCGGAUUUCGAGAACCUGGAUCCGGGUUGGACCCUAGUCGCCGGCGACAGGAAGGAAGACAGGAGCAAUCUGGGGGAAUGGAGUUCACUGAUCGGCAUAAUCACGGCUAUUGUGGGAAACAUCCUCAUUGCGCUCGCGCUCAACGUCCAACGAUAUACGCACUUGCAAUUACAUAAGAAAAAACUGGAGGCGAGACAACAGGCUAGGGAAGCCGAAAGGAGGUUCCAACACGGGCAGCGCAACAGCAAUGGAGGAACAAACUCCCACGCCAGCAAUAAUACACAAAACAACUCUGCAACAGAUGACAUCAACGAUGCAUCGGAAACGCAACCGCUUACCCAAUCUUACCAGCCUGGAGACUCGAGCUUGUCUAAUGGCGACCGGAGCAGGGAGGCAAAGUCUUCAAACUAUCUACAGUCUCCUUCGUGGUGGGCAGGCCAGAUACUGAUGACCAUCGGCGAGAUGGGUAACUUUCUUGCCUACGGGUUCGCCCCGGCUUCUAUUGUGUCGCCCCUGGGCGUGGUAGCCCUGGUUUCAAACUGUAUCAUUGCGCCGUUAUUCUUUGGGGAAAUCUUCCGCAAAAGAGAUUUUUGGGGUGUUGUCAUUGCUGUCGCAGGCGCCGUCGUUGUCGUGCUGAGCGCAAACCAAGAAGAAACGAAACUGGAACCGCAUGAUGUUUGGGAUGCGAUAUCGACCCUGGCAUUCGAGAUAUACAUGGCAGUCUCCAUUUCGCUAAUAGUUGUGCUCAUGUGGUUGAGUCCAAAGUACGGCAACAGGACUAUUCUCAUUGACCUCGGUCUUGUUGGUUUAUUUGGCGCCUAUACUGCGCUCUCGACCAAGGGUGUCUCCUCCAUGUUGUCAUCGACCCUCUGGAGAGCCUUCACGACACCGGUCACAUAUGUGCUACUAUUGAUCCUUCUGGGAACUGCCGUUAUGCAAGUGCGCUAUGUGAAUAAGGCACUCCAGCGAUUUGACUCGACGCAGGUUAUUCCAAUUCAGUUUGUCAUGUUCACAUUGUCUGUGAUCAUUGGAAGCGCAGUCCUAUACCGUGACUUUGAGCGGACAAAUGCCCAUCAAGCCAUCAAGUUUGUGGGCGGCUGCCUACUUACAUUCUUCGCAGUAUUCCUGAUAACAAGUGGCAGGCCACGGCAGGAUAACGAUGAUGAUUGUUUGUCGGACGAAGAGGGUAUUGAAGAGACGAUCGGCUUAUCGGACCAGGAAGCAAACACUGGUGAGGGAGCCAAACCCAACGAUGAGAGGCGCCAAUCCGUCACGCGGUCUUCACGACGCUCCUCUCGGGUCAGUUUUGCUGCAAGGCCUCAAACUAUACAACACGACUCGGGCGUGCCGUCGCCAAGAAAACCAGAUGCUGCAGGUGCCCGGGCUCCAAUUACUGUGAAGGGAACUCCCACAGAAGCAUCUCCAUUGCUCACCGGCCCAUGGGAUCACCACCCGCAUCCGGGGUUACCGUCAGCGUUCUCCGAUGAGAGUGUCGUGACGAUACAUUCCAUGACCUCAACAAACACGGAUCCAUUACCAGUCGACACAACUCUGCCUCCUCAAGUUAUUGCGCCACCCUCACCAUCAGGAAGGCCACGAACUCCUCGGCCGUCCUUUUCCUCGUCUAGACCUCAUAGUCAUCAUCUUUCAAAUGCGAUCAUUUCACCAUCACCGCUUUCAUCAACUGUGAGCGCUGUUGUCGGCGAUGGACUCCUUCGCGACGAGGAUGGAGUGCUUAUCCACAAGAGAUCCAUUCGUCGCCUGCGUCCUGGCUUUCGAUCGAGCCUCUUUGUCCCGUAUAGUGACACUGAAGAGAUUCCAGAAGGAGAUCCACUGAUCCGACCUGCAACUGAAGAACUUCCAGCAGCCGACGGAGAAACUUCUAAUCAGGGUAAUCAGAGCUUGAGAACUCGAGCUAGGAGUCUAAGCAACACCCUCGGCGGUCUCCUCAGCCGCAAGAGGCACCGUCGUAACACGAAUCCUGAAGCUGGACUCAGUCGAAGCCACGAGAGUACCGAUGAGGUUGACAGGGCGGACGCACCGCUGAAUGGUCGGUGA